AUGGAUUGGGAGUCAAAGGACUUGCCAAGUGCUUUUAGAAAGUUCAAGGAGCACGCAAACUUUAUGUUUGGAGGACCUCUAAACAAAAAGUCUGAGGAAGCCCAGUGCAAUUACUUAAUGCUAUGGGUUGGAGAAAAAGGAAGACAAAUUUUCUCCACAUGGAACUUAAGUGACGAUGACAACAAGACACUUAAGAAUUACUAUGACGGAUUUGAGAGCUACUGUGCCCCGAAGUCAAAUCACAUCUUCAGCCGUUACAAGUUUAAGUCACGCGCACAGGAAGAUGGAGAACCAUUCGAGUCGUUCGUCACGCAGCUGAAAAUUCUUAUAAAGGACUGUGGUUACCCAGUCGGGAUUCAAGACGAGAUGAUCCGAGAUCACAUUGUGUUUGGGAUUAAAUCAAACAAAAUCCGUGAAAAGCUAAUCAAUGAAGGAUCAGAGCUCACACUGACAAAGUGUAUAGACCUAGCUCGCACCCAUGAGCUCAGCCAGUCCCAAGUGAAGGAUAUCACUGCAAAUGGACAAUUUGUAAAUGCAGUCGGGAGUCGGAAACCAGGCAGGACCAAGCCGCCACAGAGGGAGACGUUCCACAGACAGCCUGAAGCCCAGAACUCCAAAUAUGGACAUAGUGAAGCCCGGAGUUCCAAAUAUGGACAAAGUGCAAGGACUAACAUUCAAAUAUGUGACAAUUGUGGUAACAAACACCAAAGGAAAGACUACUGCCCUGCCAAGGGAAAAGUGUGUCUUUACUGCAAUAGACUGAACCACUUCGCAAAAAUGUGUCGCAAGAAGGACAAUGACAGCAAGAAGGUCAAUGAGGUAAACAAUUUUGAUAUAAGAUCUGAUCUCGAUUGUUACUCUCAGAAUGAUUUCUUUGUAAAUAGCAUUGAACAUGACUCAUUGUCAAACCAAGCAUUUGCCAAAGUAAAAGUAGGCACAUCCAUAAUAGACAUGAAAAUUGACACAGGUGCGCAAGUUAAUGUCCUCCCAAAGUCACUGUACUUGAAACUAAGCUUAAAGGGUCCAUUACGACAAGCUCAGAAACGCCUCACUGCUUAUGAUGGCAAACCACUAUGCGUGGAAGGUUACAUAACCAUACCUUGUAAGUACAAUGGUCAAACUUACAAUGAAGAGUUUUACAUAGUUAAAUCAGGUUCAAGCCCCAUAUUAGGCUUACAGACAUGUUUGAGAAUGAAUCUGAUAAAUCUUGUACUUGCAAUGAAUUCUAGUACCCCAAGCAAAGAUAAUGUAAAUCACACACCUCUCACAAAGGAUAAAGUCCUCUCGAAAUACGCAGACGUUUUCGAAGGUAUUGGUCAGUUGCCAGGUGAAUGUGAAAUUCACUUGCAUAAAAACGUCUUACCUGUAGUUCACCCACCUCGCAAAGUCCCUGUCGCAAUUAAAGACAAACUCAAGGUAGAACUUGAUCGCAUGGAACAUCUAAAUGUCACUUGCAAAGUCACUGAACCUACAGACUGGGUAAACAGUUUGGUCACUGUAGAAAAAGCAAACGGUUCUUUAAGGAUAUGCUUAGAUCCAAAAGACCUCAAUGACGCAAUCAAAAGACCACACUAUCCAAACAAGACGCUUGAUGACAUAUUGCCAGAGUUGUCAAAUGCAACCAUUUUCUCAAAGCUUGAUGCUUGCAGUGGUUAUUGGUCAAUUAAGCUCACAGAAAAGGCUUCAUACCUGACAACAUUCAACAGCCCCUUUGGCAGGUAUCGUUUCUUGCGGUUACCAUUUGGCCUGAAUAACGCAAAUGAUUUGUUCCAAGAAAAAAUGGACCAUUGUCUUGAAAAUUUGCCAGGUGUUAGGACAAUUGUUGACGAUAUUGUCGUUUUUGGUAAGGAUCAUGCAGAUCACGACCGCAAUUUUGACAUGCUCAUGACGAGAUGUCGUGAAAUGGGUAUAAAACUUAAUGCAGAUAAGACCGAUAUAGGCAAGAGCGAAAUCCCCUUCUUUGGUCACAUUCUCAGCUCUGAGGGACUAAAAAUGGAUCCUGCAAAAGUCAAGGCCAUACAGGACAUGCCACCACCAAAUUCAAAAUCAGAACUACAAACUGUUUUGGGAAUGGUCACAUACCUUCAAAGGUUUGCACCCAAACUCUCUGAAAUCACACUGCCCUUAAGGCAACUACUUUCUAAGGAUGUAGAAUUUGUAUGGGAUAUGCCCCAACAGGAAGCAUUUCAGAAAGUCAAGAAUGUCAUAACUCAGAGUCCAGGUCCUGUAUUAGCUUACUUUGACCCCAAAAAGGAAAUAACUCUACAGGUUGAUGCUUCCAAAUAUGGCCUUGCUGCAGUUCUCAUGCAAGAUGAGAAACCAGUCAGUUUUGCUUCGAAAUCUCUCACUAAAACAGAGGUUAACUAUGCUCAGAUAACGAAAGAGCUAUAUGCCAUUUUCUUUGGUUGCAAAAGGUUUCACCAGUACGUAUAUGGUAAACAAAUUCCUCUAGCAGACACGCUGUCUCGCAAAUAUUUACCUGACACAUACCCAGAAAUUGCAGAAGGUUUAGACGUGCAUGUACACGCUGUCAUGUCAAAUUUACCUGUAAGUGAUCAGAAAAUGGAGCUGAUAAGGACUGCCACAGAGUCAGAUUCUCAAAUGCAAUUACUUGCAAAGGUUAUUCUUGAAGGAUGGUCAAAUGACAGACCACAAUACCCCAGCACGCUUCUUGAAUUUUGGAACUUUAGGGAUGAAUUGUCAGUAGUUGAUGGCAUUAUACUGAAAGGAAACAAAAUCCUUAUUCCCAAGGAAAUCAGACCCUUAAUGUUGGAAAAGAUUCAUGAAGGUCACUUUGGUGUAGAAAAAUGCACACAACGCGCACGCGAGGUUCUGUUUUGGCCAAAUAUGUCUUCAGAGAUAAAAUCACUAGUGCUAAAUUGCCCAAUUUGCCUAGAACACAGGUGUUCAAAUCAAAAGGAACCCCUGCAACCUAGCAAAGUGCCCGAUAGACCAUGGCAAAUCUGUGCCACAGAUCUGUUCCACUGGAACAAUUCUGAUUAUGUCUUGCUGGUGGAUGCAUACAGCAGAUAUUUUGAGGUUAGCAUGCUCCCAAACUCAAGGUCAGUCACAGUGAUUGAUAAAUUGAAAGGUUACUUCAGCCGUCACGGCAUCCCAGAAGUUUUACGAUCUGAUAAUGGACCAUGCUAUGACUCUUUAGAGUUCAACAAAUUUGCAGAACAGUACGAUUUCAAACACAUAACAUCUUCCCCAGGUCACUCCUCGGGUAAUGGACUUGCUGAAAUUACCGUCAAGACAAUUAAGUCUCUGUUCACAAAAACAAAACAGGCAGGAAAUGACCCAUACCUAGCACUGUUAGAGUAUCGCAAUGCCCCAUUACAAUGUGGUCAAUCCCCUGCACAGCUCUUAAUGAGCAGACAGUUAAGGUCAACACUGCCAUUAGUAGACAAACAGCUUAAGCCACGAGUACAUGAUAUGCAGACUGUUAAAGACAAAAUGCAUAUUUCCAAACAAAAGUCAAAGUUUUAUCAUGACCAGUCUGCUAAGCCACUCAGAUCUCUUGAAAUAGACGAAAAGAACGACGAACACAUUGGGGCAUUUUCCACAGACGAUUUCCUCAGCAUCUACGCAGAAGUAAAACAAGUAAUACAGUUCCGGGGAGCAGCUUAG